UUGCUGGCACUCUUCUCCCCAGGGACCGAACUGCCCAGCCCUUCGUCUGUGUGGUUCACAGCAGAGUUCUUCCACCACGUCCUCCACUGGACACCCAUCCCGAAUGAGUCCCCAAGCACCAGCUAUGAAGUGGAGCUGAGGAGAUAUGGAGAGCUAUGGAAGCCCAUCCCCGCCUGUAACCAGAUCCUGGCACAGUCCUGUGACCUCACCGAGCACACCUUAGACCUGUACCACCGUGAAGUCCCUGGUUACCUGGUCAAAGUCCGGGCAGUGGAUGGCAGCAGAUGCUCCAACUGGACCUCAUCCAACACCCGCUUCACCAUUGACGAUGUGACUCUGACGGUGGACAGUGUGAAACUGGAGACACGCGACGGCUCCAUCCUGGUGACAAUCCAGCCCCCCAAGCCGGCGAUAGCACCCCAACGUGACACGUAUGAACACGUCUUCAAAGACUACCGAGAGUACGAGAUCGCUAUUCGCAAGGUGCCUGCGAACUACACGUCCACAAACAAGAUCUCCAUUGAGCACUACAACAUCCCGACCUCUGGAGACGUGGGCGAGUUCUGCGUCAAGGUGAAGCCAUCCGUCACGUCCCUAAUCAAUGGGGGGGUGUGGUCCGAGGAGACGUGCAUCACCCUCAGCAGGCAGUAUCUCACCCCGCCCGUCCUCAGCAUUGCCUCCGUCACUGUGCUGCUGCUCUGUGGAGUCGUGGCCUACUGCCUGGCCCUCCACCUGUACGUGCGGCGUCCGGGGAAGCUGCCCACUGUCCUGGUCUUCAAAAAGCCGGUCCCCUUCAGCCAGGCCCCCCGGCCCCAGGUCCUGGACAACAUCUACCACCUGGACGAGGAGCUCUUCUCGAAGGUGUCCUCAGAGCUACGGAACUCUGAACUGCACGGCAGCACCGACAGUGGCUUUGGCAGUGCCAAGCCGUCCCUGCAGACUGAAGAGCCCCAGUUCCUCCUCUCUACAGCCCACUCCCUGGCUGGUGGGGCCCUGGGGCAGGGGGAGCCCACAGGGCUGGAGAGCAGCUGCACUGGGGGCAGUAGUGACAGCACGGACAGUGGCAUCUGCCUGCAGGAGCCCAGUCUGAGUGCCAGCCCAGAGCCCGGCUGGGAGCUGCAUUCGGACAGGCAGGACCAGGACGACAGUGGCAUUGGCCUCGUCCAAAACUCUGCAAGGCCGCCUGGGGACACACGGGGCAGCUCGGCCUUGAGCAAGGUCAGCACCCCACAGCCUGAGCUGCCUGGAGACGAAGGCCUGGCUGCAGUGGUGUGCCGAGGCUACCUGAAGCAGCCAGGAGGCACAGAGGAGGUGGGCACUGCCGGCUGCCUCGGAGGAGAACCCUCCUCAACAGACAACCUGAGCCCCCAACUCCCGACAUGCUUGGAUGCUGAGGCAGGGUGGCCUCCUCCAGCCCUGGCCAGAGGCUAUAUGAAACAGGACCCCCCAGGGGUGGCUCUCCUUCUCUCAGGGACCCCAGCAGGACAGUGGAACCAACCAACCGAGGAAGGCCAGGGCUUGACCACCUGUGGUGCACUGGGAACCGCUCACUGGGAUGUUGUUCUCCCGGAUCUGGCUCCCCCGGACUGUGUGGUGGCCCCAGGGAGCCUCCUGAGUAGCUUUGACUCGGACUUGGUGGCCCUGCCGCUGAUCUCCAGCCUCCAUAGUGACCCCGGCUAAGGGACACUUCAGCCAUGUGUGCUUCGCCCCUGGGUCACCCUGGACAAAGAUGGCCCUCUGGCGGGGAGGAGGCGAUAGAGGAGCCGGCACCCCCAGGAGCUCAGAGGUGAACCAUAAGGCCAGGCUGGGCACUUGUCUGCAAACCAGCAGUGCCAACCCUCGUCAGACCCACCCCAUGAUGCCUACAAGCAGGAGGAGGUGACCUUGUGGGACUGGAACAGGGCAGGCGGUGGCAUUGGCCGGUUCUGCUGGGGCAGCACUCAAGGAGGGAGCCUGGUCAAGGAGGGGGCCCGAGCAGAGGCCCCCUUCCCCCUUGGGACUCCGCUGCCUCUGCGAGAAUGGUCUGCCUGGGGUUUUCUGGACUUGUGGUGGGGCCGUCAGGCUGAAGUCAGCUUGUACCCGGGCCUCACCCAGGGGCCACCAGGGACCAAGGGCCCCCACAGGCUGGAGGACCAGAGGGGGGAGGCCUCCGGGCUUCCAGCUCCAGCCGGAAACAGGAGGCAGCUGAUACCAGCAGAGAGGUCGUCCCUGAAAGACCUUCAGGUGUGUGUCUACCUGGGUCAGCCAACCUGUCUGCACAGCAUUGAGGAGACUCAGGGGCAUGAUGUGACAGGCCAGAAUGGGGCUUCUGGCUCUCAGCGGUCCCUCUGCCUCCAGACACUACCCCCUACACACACACUUCCCAGAAAGUACAGCAGCCCCCAGGGCCCCCACAGUGGCCAGGCCACUCACCAUCUGCACCUUCGCCACCUGGCUGACUCCCCAGAGGAGCCAUGGUUGAUUGUAUUGGUCACACUCCCUCGGGUCAGAGCUGGGACCUGCCCCUUUGUGUACUGCUGGCAUCCAGCUUUACCCCGGGGGACAGAGAACUCCACUGUUCAGUAGGAUGACCUGGGGCCAGCUAGGUCUCAGCAGGCCCCAGUUUCCCCUUUGAAAUAAGGAUGCAGUCUCCAGGUCUCCUGCCAUGCCGAGGUUUAGCCAAGCUGGCCGCUGGGUGACAUCCCAACGCCGUCGGGCACCUGGCUGGAAGGAUGUGAGCUGUGUAAGUCUGGGCCACACGUCAGAGAGCCACUUGUGCCCAGGGGUCCAGCAAGGGCAGGUGUGGACCCUACUGCCCGUCGUCAGCUUAGAAUCCGGUCGCAAGCAAGCCCAGUUCACAGCCAGGGGCAUGGCAUUUGGGAGGGGGCGGCAGGGCCUGGUGUGAUCUUGUGUUUCUCUGUCCCAGCAAGGCCUCAUCCCCUCUGCCAAAAACUCUAAGGUACCAGUCUGAGAACUGACCUCUGAAAUUCUUGAGGGGAGGUUCCUCGGGGUUCCCCUGAAAGGUGUGGGUAUUUAUUUCGGUCAUUUAUUUAUUGAAGAGGCAACAGGAAACUCUGGGAACCUCAGGACCACAUGCUACUUCAAACUCCACUGGCGACUGCGUGUGACUUGGGGCCAGUCACCUUUCCUCUUUGAGCCCCAGGGGGAACAUCUGUAAUACUGGCACCAACCUGGCUUGCCUGGUUCAUGAGAAGGUUGGAUGUGCGUGUGCUUGAGCACAGUGUAUGGCCCCCCCACCCAAUAAAUUGU